GUUCGUCGAUCGAGCUCGAGCAAGGCGCACGCGGCGCGUGCAGUGUAAAGCGACCUUCAUCCCUCGCUCCCGACCGACUCAUGCGGUGCCGUCCUGUGACGAGUGCGGGCAGGACGAAUGUGCAGGGCCUAGGGGCUCUGAUGUGCUGAAGCGUGUAGUGUAGUGAGGACAAUUAAAUGACUUUAGUGAUGUCUCCGGACAGUAGUUACGGGCGCUACGAAGCGCUGCCUGCGGACGGCGGGAUGAUCAAUCCGGCGCACCGGGAACGGGAGCCCGAACUGCAUAUAGAGUUCGACGGUACCACGGUGCUGUGCCGCGUCUGCGGUGAUAAAGCUAGUGGAUUCCAUUACGGCGUGCAUUCCUGCGAGGGCUGCAAGGGUUUCUUCAGGCGGUCCAUCCAACAGAAGAUCCAGUACCGACCCUGUACGAAAAACCAGCAGUGCUCCAUCCUUAGAAUCAACAGAAACCGUUGUCAAUAUUGCCGGUUGAAAAAAUGCAUCGCCGUGGGCAUGAGCAGAGAUGCCGUGCGAUUCGGUCGUGUGCCAAAGCGCGAGAAAGCGCGAAUUCUGGCCGCGAUGCAGCAGUCGUCGUCGUCGCGCGCGCACGAGCAGGCCGCGGCCGCGGAGCUGGACGACGCGCCGCGGCUGCUGGCGCGCGUGGUGCGCGCACACCUCGAUACCUGCGAGUUCACCAGAGAUCGCGUCGCCGCCAUGCGAGCACGCGCACGCGAUUGUCCCACCUAUUCACAACCAACUCUGGCAUGUCCUCUAAACCCGGCGCCAGAGUUGCAAUCUGAGAAAGAAUUCUCUCAGCGAUUCGCCCACGUGAUCCGUGGCGUGAUCGACUUCGCCGGCCUCAUCCCCGGCUUCCAGCUGCUCACACAGGAUGACAAGUUCACGCUGCUCAAGAGUGGACUCUUUGACGCACUUUUCGUGCGCCUCAUCUGCAUGUUCGAUGCUCCACUCAACAGCAUCAUCUGCCUCAACGGCCAGCUUAUGAAGCGGGACUCUAUUCAGAGCGGUGCCAACGCUCGGUUCCUUGUUGACUCAACAUUCAAGUUCGCUGAGCGCAUGAACUCCAUGAACCUAACAGACGCCGAGAUCGGCCUCUUCUGCGCUAUAGUCCUCAUCACGCCUGAUCGACCGGGCCUACGGAACAUUGAACUCGUCGAGCGAAUGCACUCGCGCCUGAAGUCGUGCCUGCAGACAGUGAUCGCUCAGAACAGACCCGACAAGCCCGGUUUCCUACGGGAGUUAAUGGACACUCUUCCUGACUUACGGACCCUCAGCACACUCCAUACAGAGAAACUGGUCGUAUUCAGGACAGAGCACAAAGAACUUCUGAGACAACAAAUGUGGGGUGAUGAAGAAGGUUGCCCAUGGGCGGAUUCCGGGGUGGAUGACUCUGCUCGAAGCCCGUUAGGCUCAGUAUCCAGUAGCGAAUCUGGUGAAGCGCUCGGUGAUUGCGGGACUCCCCUGCUCGCCGCCACACUGGCUGGCAGACGGCGGCUCGACUCACGAGGCUCCGUCGACGAGGAAGCCCUCGGCGUGGCGCACUUAGCGCACAAUGGUCUCACGGUCACACCAGUGCGCCCCCCUCCGCGCUACCGCAAGCUAGACUCGCCCACAGAUUCCGGUAUCGAGUCCGGUAAUGAGAAACAUGAGCGCAUCGUCGGGCCCGGAUCGAGCUGCUCCAGCCCGCGCUCGUCACUCGAAGAGCACUCUGAAGACAGGCGGCCACUCGCUGCUGAUGACAUGCCCGUGCUAAAGCGUGUCCUUCAGGCGCCGCCUCUAUAUGACGCCUCCUCUUUAAUGGAUGAGGCCUACAAGCCCCACAAAAAGUUCCGAGCGAUGCGCCGCGAUACCGGCGAGGCGGAGGCGCGGCCGAUGCGGCCGACGCCGUCGCCGCAGCCCGCGCAGUGCCCGCACCCGGGCAGCCCGGCGCACCCCGCGCACUCGCCCCGACCGCUGCGGGCAUCGCUCUCGUCGACGCACUCCGUGCUGGCUAAGAGCCUGAUGGAGGGUCCGCGCAUGACGCCCGAGCAGCUGAAGCGCACCGACAUCAUCCAGCAGUACAUGCGCCGCGGUGAGGCUGCGGCCGAGAGCCUGCUGGCCUGCUACCGCGGCGGCUCGCCCGCGCCCGCCCCCGCGCAGCUGGCGCUGCAGGUGGACGUCGGCGACGCGCCGCAGCCCCUCAACCUCUCCAAGAAGUCACCAUCGCCGCCGCGUGCAUUCAUGCCCCCCAUGCUGGAGGCGUGAGGCCGGCCCGCGGAGCCUCUUGUCUCCGCCACCCCACCCCGACCUACUUUAAAUUAAAUCAACUAGUAUAAUAAACGUUCGCAGAUCGUGUUAAUAUAUUAUAUGUGAUAAUUCGUUUAGGACGCGUGCGUGCGUGGCCGGCGCCGGACGAGGAGAGUGCAAACAGACUGAAAUAUAAUUUAAGACUAUAUAAGUAUAAUUUAUAUGCAAUGGAGCGCCGGUCGCGGUGUGUUUGUGUGUGUAUGUAUCUAUGUGCGUAUGAGAGCGUGCUCAGUCAUUUGUUUGUUAAUAUAAUGACAGGUUGUCGAAUUAAAAUAAAUCAGAAUUGUAAAAAUUA